AUUCGGGUACAUACCUUCAAAGGAAAUAAUAUCUAGACUCUGUGUGAAGGUACUGUGUUGCAGACCGGCGUUCCACUGAGAUCGACUGACUGAUUGUCAGUUUAUAGCAACGUGUUUUGUGUGACCGAAAAAGGGUGAUAUUUCAAAGGUUUUGUGUCUAUUAUUACAAUUUUAAACCAGUAUGGCCGCAAUGUCAGUCAUAGGUAUUGAUUUCGGAAACGAAUCGUGUUAUAUAGCUGUUGCAAAAGCAGGUGGGAUUGAGACAAUAACUAACGAUUACAGUCUUAGGGGUACACCGUCAUGUGUUGCAUUUUCACCAAAGAACCGAAUAUUAGGUGUAGCAGCCAAAAACCAAAUGGUAACAAAUAUGAAAAACACUGUAUUUGGUUUUAAAAGACUUUUAGGUAGGAAAUAUUCAGAUCCACAUGUGCAAAAAGAGCUGAAACACUUCCCAUUCAAGGUUGAACAGAGAACUGAUGGUGGAAUUGGCAUUAGGGUCAACUAUCUUGGUGAAGAUAAUGUAUUUAGCCCAGAGCAGAUUACAGCAAUGCUGUUCACAAAGUUGAAAGAUGUAGCUGCUACUGCAUUACAAACUCAGGUUAAUGAUUGUGUCAUAUCAGUACCUAGUUACUUUACUAAUGCAGAGAGGAAUGCUUUAUUAGAUGCUGCAACAAUUGCAGGUCUCAAUGUAUUACGUCUUAUGAAUGAGACCUCUGCAACUGCACUUGCCUAUGGUAUUUACAAACAAGAUUUACCUGCACCUGAAGAAAAACCUCGAAAUGUAGUUUUUGUUGACUUUGGUCACAGUUCCCUUCAGGUGGCAGCAUGUGCUUUUAAUAAGGGUAAAUUAAGGGUGCUAGCCACUUCAACAGACCCUUUCUGUGGUGGAAGAGACAUUGACAUGGCAUUAGCUGAAUAUUUCUGUCAAGAUUUUAUGACUAGAUAUAAACUCGAUGCCAGGAAAAAUCAAAGAGCUUUCCUUCGGCUUUUACAAGAAGUAGAAAAAAUUAAGAAGCAAAUGUCUGCAAAUAGCACUCGUCUGCCUUUGAACAUUGAAUGCUUUAUGGAGGAACGUGAUGUUACUGGGGAAAUGCAACGUCCUCAGAUGGAACAAAUAUGUACUGAGACUUUCAAUAGGGUCGAAAGGACAUUAAGAGGCAUUUUGCAUAAUGCCAAAUUGAGACCUGAAGAUAUAAACUCAGUGGAAAUUGUAGGGGGUUCUACAAGGAUUCCUGCAGUUAAAAAUUUGAUUGAACAAGUUUUUGGCAAGCAAGCAUCAACAACACUUAACCAAGAUGAAGCUGUAUCCCGUGGUUGCGCAUUGCAAUGCGCGAUGUUGAGCCCCGCCGUACGCGUGCGGGAGUUCAACGUGACCGACGCGCAGCCCUACGCCGUGCGUCUCGCCUGGGACGCUGCAAGAGGAGAGGAUGGUGACAUGGAAGUUUUUCCAGCAUUCCAUGCCGCACCAUUUUCCAAGAUGCUUACUUUCUAUAGAAAAGAACCAUUUUCAGUUAGUGCUUACUAUUCCGAUCAAGUGCCCUAUCCUGAUUCUUUCAUUGGACAAUGGAACAUUAAAGAUGUUCAAGCAACAGCUGAAGGGGAGUCACAGAAAGUUAAACUUAAAGUACGAGUAAACAUUCACGGAAUAGUCACGGUUGCUUCUGCAUCUUUAGUGGAGAAGAAGCAAGAUUCUUCUCCAAAUGAAAAUGUCGAGAUGGAAAAUUCCAAUGACAACGCGCAGGGCACUCAAGACGCCCCGAUGGAGACUAACGGUGGUUCCCAAGAACAACAACAACAACAAAACGGGCCCGAUAACCAAGAGGUGAGAGAGGAUGAAAUGAAAGGAGAGCCGCAACAAAAACAAUCGUGGACACAGAGAGUAGGACAGUGGUUCAGCGGGGAAAACAAUGAUGACAAAAAGGAUAAAUCGAAAGAUAAAUCCAAGAAGGUUCUUGUAAAAACUAUUGAAUUACCUAUAGAUGCACGAACUCAUGGAUAUGCUCAGCAUGACCUGAAUGCUUACAUGGAGCAAGAGGGUAAAAUGCAAGCUCAAGAUCGCCAAGAAAAAGAACGUGCGGACGCACGUAACGCUCUUGAAGAAUAUGUUUAUGAACUUCGUGGAAAGCUGUCUGAGGGUGAGAUUCUGCAUGACUUCGUAGCUGAAGAGCAACGUCAACGACUCGUCAACCAACUUGAUUCACUGGAACAGUGGCUGUAUGAUGAAGGCGAGGAUCAAAAUCGACAAGUUUACAGUGAUAAAUUGGGAGAAUUGCGAACAGAAGGGGAACCCAUAAAACAACGGCGACUUGAAUUUGAACUUCGCCCCGGAGCUCUAGACGACUACGCUCUCGCUAUUCAAUUAACUAACAAGGCAGUUGACUUAUAUAGAUCUGGUGAUGCAAAGUACGCGCACCUGACCGAAGCCGACAUUCAGAAAGUUGUGGAUGCUGCUAAAAACGCGCUGACGUGGUUGGAGAACGCCCGACAGGCAUUGGCCCACGCGCCCCGACACUUGCCGCCGCCGCAUACCACGCACCAAAUUCGACAGGAGAGACAGACUUUCGAAAAUACGGUAAACCCUAUUUUAAACAAACUCAAGCCUAAAGAGAAGACUCCACCACCAGCUAAUCCCACCGCGGGCGACGGCCAGCCAGCCGACGCAUCAUCGCAGGAACAAAUGGAUGUUGAAUGAACACACUGUCUUACUCACAUUUACAUACACACACAGCUAAAACUGAAUAACAACAAGACUUUAGACAGAAGCCUUCACUCCACGACUAAGCUAAACAUGCUGCCGAUUGUUACCACAAUUUACAUGAAGUGGCAUUAUUGUUUUGACUGUAUUUUUCGAAUAAACAGGAUGAACAAUUCCAACUUAUAUAACAUUUUUCAUUGAAUCUCUAAGUAGGUAAAAGUAAUAAUAUUUCAAUACAAACAAGAGAUGAUUAAUAUUUAAUAACCUAUAAUGCCAUUUGAAUGUAAUAAUAUUUGCUUAAAAUCAGAAAAUCAAGAUACACAAGUUAAGCCUGAAGUUGUUAUUUAGUUGUCUGGACCCUUCAUAACUAGCUUACCAAUAUUCACAUCUCAUAGGUACAUACAAUUAUACUAAAUUAUUGUUUUGAAUUUAACACAUGAUAAAUAUAAAUUGUGAUUUAAAAAAUAUAUAUUUGUUGAGACAAAUAACUGUUACUUUAACAUAGCGCAUUUCUAAUAUAGUACACUGGAUAGUAUUAAUUAUUUACUUUUUUUGGUUUAUGUAUUUUUUUGUACUGUUGCUAUAUGUUUUCAUUGUGAUAAAAACCGAAUAAAAUAUUUUGCUGAAUAAACGUAAGCAAUUAUAUGUAAUAUGAAAUUUUGCUUACUGCUUCAGUCAAUACUAUAGCAUAAUUCUGUUUUGGUCAUUUUAGCUAAUUAUUAAAUUAAUAUAACUUAUAUUGUGUCUGAAGUUUUCUUUUAUUAUUUUGGCAUUGCGAUACAUUAUUUAAUAUAUAAUUAUAUUGGGAUUUAUUAAAUAGCCUUGAUGAUAGCUAUGAAGUUACACUUGUUAACAUGAUUAAAGCAUCAAAAGAAAUGAUAUAGCUUAUUAAAUUUGUAUAUUGAUUUCAAUGAAGAAGUAGUGAUAUAAAUAUUAUUAUGACUACUAACAGCAAUAAAACGUUUUUUGCCUUUAUAAUAUAAACAUAUUAAUAAACUCAAAAUUUUCACUCAUUUUAAAUAAAUGGUUUUAUUGCGUGAUAAUGAAAACAGUAUUCUUAUUAAUAAAAUCGAUGCUGCAAUUCUCAUAUACCUUUUUUUAAUCAAUAAAGGUAAACUAAACUACAACUAACAAAGUACUACUUAUUAAUAUUACAUUUCUUGUGAUAGUUAAAUCUGAAAUUUGUUUCAUCAACUACAAUUAUAUCGCAAUAAAACCAAAUAUUUAAAACAAUUAUAUACAGUAGCAAAAGUUGCAAAUUGUAUUAUUAUUAUAUGCCACAGAAACAAAAAAUAAUGUAAGAUAGUGUAGCACUGGCGUGCGUUGUAAAUUAAUGGUCGAACCAUUGUAACAUUACUUGUGCAUUAAAAAUGUUAAAGCUUAGUAAAAUGAUGACUUAACAA